AAGGGAAGGGAGGUGGGAGGUACAGUCCAGGGAGGUAGGUAGGUUUCUUCGCUUGUCCACUCUGCUCCUUUGGUUCUUCCGCCUCCCUCGUGUGCUUCAUUUCCGCGCGCCUGUUCGCAAUCCCGGCUCCGCGCUCCCCGCUUCCGCUCUCCGCGUUUUGUCCGCAUCCCCUACCGCCGCGUCCCUUAUUAGUUCUCCGUCCUUAGCUUUUGUCGCCUCGACCCCGAAUCGCAUCCCGAAGCUCGCUCCCGAAACUCGCAUUCUUAGGGUCGCAUUCCGAAGCUCGCAUCUCGAAGCUCGCAUCCCGAAGCAGCUCGCCAAACACAGCUGCGUCGUUGGAAUGUCCUUAGUCAAGAAGUGACACAAUGGGGGUUUAACUCAAUGGGGAGCUUCUUAACGGGUAGUGACACCAUGGGCAGUGACGUAAUCGGUAGUGACGUAGUGGGGAGUGACGUAAUCGGAAGUGACGUGAUGCGGGGUGACGUAGCGCGGAGUGGCGUAGUGCGGAGUGACACAAACGGGGGCCUGUUCCGGCCUAUUUUAGGAUGGCAGUGGCGGCGGCGGCAGCGGCAGGAGCGGCUAUGUUGCGUUUGCGCGCUCGUGCUCCUCUUGCUCGCGCCGACCAUGCAGUACCAUCGGCAGCACCCGCUGCGGCACCCGCUGCGGUCUCAGCUUCCGCAGCAGCGCCUGCCGCGGUAUUCGUCUGGCGCCAUGGCGUCUUGGGGCACGCGCGUCUUCCCGCCUGAUUGGCAAGCCCUCGUGGCUCUCAGGGACCAGACGACCUUUGUCAACCCCAGCCGCAGCCCCCAGGCGUUCUGGAAGAGUGGGGAUAACUGCGAGGCUCUGUACGGGGUGGUGUGCGACAUCAACGGAUUUGUUACUGCGCUCACCCUAGUGGGAGUGGUGGGGCCCCUCCCAAGCGCCGUUGGCAACCUCCCAUCACUCUCAUUCCUUUCCAUCGGCAGCAACGUGACCAGCCUUCCCUCCACACUAAUACAGCUCAGCUCCACCCUCACUGCUCUCCACUUAGGCUUCAAUAACAUUCCUGGAACCUUCCCUUCCUCCGUGACGAGGCUGCUGCAGCUGCGCACACUCAACUUGGCUCAGAAUCAGCUCACAGGCAGCAUCCCCACUGGCCUUGCCAAACUCUCCCGCCUUGCCUUCCUUCGCUUGGACGGCAAUAAGUUUCAGGGCUCCAUCCCGUCCCAACUCUACUCCCUCACUAACAUCUCCUACCUCUCCCUUCGGUCCAACCGACUCUCGGGCGGCAUUGCCCCUCUAAUCUCUCGACUCCAAGCCCUGCAAUUACUGGACUUGAGGGACAACAUGCUGACGUCAUCCAUCCCAUCCACUCUGGCUGCAUGCUCCAAGCUCUUCUGGCUCUAUUUUACCAACAAUCGCCUGUCGGGCUCCAUCCCUGCGACAAUGAGUAGACUGACGAGGCUCAGAUACCUGUUCCUCGACUCCAACCGUCUCUCGUCCUCUCUCCCUCUGUCCCUCACUGCCCUCUCCAUGCUCUCUUACCUUACUGUCAGCAACAACACCCUCUCGGGUCGCAUCCCUCCUGCCCUCAACUCCCUCUCUUACCUUGAGUACCUCCAAUUGGAUCGCAACAAAUUUGUGGGCGACAUUCCGACCUCCCUGGUCAACCUUCCUUAUCUCUUUCACCUAGACCUCUCCCGCAACCAACUUAACGGCACGGUUCCUGACAUCUUUCCUGCUGGCAAUGGGUUAACACCUUCUCCAUCCCUCCCAUUCGCUGCCCUGCCGCUGCUCUCUUUUUCAGACAUGUCUUAUAACAGGCUCAGUGGUGUGCUGCCUUGCACCGUCUCUACAUGCACAUCACUUGUGUCACUUGACGUCAGCAACAACGCCCUCAGUGGGAGGCCAGCAGAAUUAGUCAGCAAGCUGCAGUCACUGGCAUACCUCAACCUCUCGCGCAACUACUUCACCGGUCCUCUUCCCCGCGUGUAUUCAGCCCCUGCCAUCUCGCUGCUCGACCUCUCCCGCAACUACUUCUUUGGUCCGGCAAGCAUCGUCGACACCCAGGGCACGCCGCUGAUCUCCCAAACCUCCGCGCCAGGCACGGGAACCAUCCAGGGGUCCGGACCUGCAGGUUCGGUGGCGCUGAGCGUUGGGAGGAACUGCCUUGUGUAUGAGACGGGGGGGACUGGGGGAACGACAGGAACGGGGUCGACGCUGAGUCUUGAAGGGCAGCGGAGUGAGAGUGACUGUAGCUUGUUCUGCCGAACCGGGCUGAGUGGUUCGGCAACCGAAGCUGAGAGCAUGCAGUGCGGAGGCUCGGGAGUGUGCGUUGCCAAGGCGGUAACCAGCAAGUCGCCGCCGACGGUUACAUUCGCAUGCUCCCCAACACCUCCCUUGCCCAGAAGCCCCCCUCCACAGCCCCCCCCCUCUCCACCACCACACCCACCGCCCUCCCCUCCCCCCCCCACCCCCAUCCCCUCCACCUCCCCCCGCCCCCUCCCCCCCGCCAACUGGCUGCUUCUGGAACGGCAGCAAGUUUGUUUGCAAUGGGAAGGUGUAACAGAAUCUCGGGCAGGUGUAGGAAAGCCUCGCGCAGGGGUAGGAGAAUCUUGGACAGGUGUAAGAGAAUCUCGGGCAGGUGUAGCAGCAACGGGGACGACCUGUACCUGCAGCAUUAACACGUGGGGUAGCUGUAGCAGCAGGGAGGCAGCUGUAGCAGCAGGGAGGCAGCUGUAACAGCAGGGAGGCAGCUGUAGCAGCAGGGAGGCAGCUGUAACAGCAGGGAGGCAGCUGUAGCAGCAGGGAGGCAGCUGUAGCAGCAGGGAGGCAGCUGUAGCAGCUGGGAUGCAGCUGUAGCAGCUGGGAUGCAGCUGUAGCAGCAGGGAGUUGCUGUGAAAGGGUUGGGGAAGUUGCACUUACAGCAGUAAUGACUGGGGCAGGUGGGAUCAGGGACAGGGUCUGCAGUAGCGAUCAAAGGCAGUUGCUAUGGGGGAAGCUGUAGCAGCAACAGCAGUUCCAAGUGGGGUUGUUGUAGCAGGAGCAGCAGCAACGACAGCAGCUGGGCCAGUGGUAACAGAAAAAACUGUAACAGUAACUAAUGUUAGACUGACUCGCGGCAAAGAAAUGCUUUGACUGGCUGUGUAAUAGGGCGAGUUGAGUGUGGCUCGUCACUCAGCUUCCUUGAUUGGGCGGGUUGCAUAUUUAGCAGUGCAGCCUACGCCCAUGUUUUGGUUAGGUUUUGAAAAAGUGCCGCACAUUUACACAAUGCUAAUGUAUGCUAGCUACCUUUCAAGAUUCUGCGUCCUUGUUGAGCUAUUGUCUUGUUAAAAUUAA